UCCCGAACUUCCUUCUUGUUUACCAGUCUUUUCCUCUCAGGAUCCUCAUACGUGGCUUCUGGAGUAGGAGGAGUAGGAGGAGGUGGGAAAAGGCAGCUGCAGCCGGCCCAUUUCUGCCUUCUGCUGCCGAGGGAAUCUUGACAGUUUGCGGAGCAAAGCAGCCUCCAACAAGUCGGGUUGGAUGGCAGGGACACUCCGGUGUAAACCUCGUUUAAACCACAAGGAUUACCAGUUACAAGUGCUCUUUGGCCCGUGGGACGGAUGAAAGCUGAAGGCUGUCACAAGCCCAACUGGGCUCUAGCUGCUCUGUUUAUCAUAGUCACCAUAUUAAUGGUGACCUCCAAGGGGGCAUCAGGCCAGAAGAUGACACAAACAGCGAUGGCUCAUGCUACAGCCACAGCCGCAGGACCAGGCCCUAACCUUACAGAUGAUCUCCAAGGCCUCCAGGCGCUAGCAGACUUCCUAGCUAGUGAGCGCACUCAUGUUUGGCUGUUGUCCCUAGCAGGAUCAGUUGUUGUCGGCCUCACUGGGAUUUUUCCCCUGCUCAUCAUUCCCAUUGAAGCUGGAGCAGCCCUCAAAACCGAAGCGGGAUGCCAGAAGCUAAAGCAGCUUUUGAGCUUUGCAAUUGGUGGUCUUCUUGGUGAUGUGUUCCUUCACCUCCUCCCUGAAGCAUGGGCGCUCUCUGGUUCCUCAGCCAGUAAAGGAAAGCAUUACAUGACACAAGGCCUGUGGGUAAUCAUUGGGCUGCUGGCCUUCCUUCUCCUAGAGAAGAUGUUCCCAGACCAAGACGGCCACAAGGACACACCUUCUCAUUCAGACCUGAAUUUUAACUCCACUACACAUUCAAAAUCAGUUUACAAUGGAAAGCUUCCGAGUCUGCAGGGAACAUCAGAAAAAGUCAAGACAAGCGGCUACCUAAACCUACUGGCCAACUGCAUUGACAACUUCACCCAUGGGCUAGCUGUUGCAGGGAGCUUCCUUGUCAGCAAAAAGGUUGGGUUCCUCACCACCUUUGCCAUCUUGCUUCAUGAAAUUCCACAUGAGGUGGGGGACUUUGCCAUUUUGCUACGAGCUGGAUUCGACCGCUGGAGUGCCGCUCGUCUGCAGCUGUCGACCGCACUAGUUGGUGUCCUGGGCGCUUGCUUUGCAUUGUGUGCCCAAUUACCAGAAGGCACAGAAAAUGCAACUGCUUGGAUACUACCUUUCACAUCUGGAGGAUUCCUCUAUAUUGCCUUGGUGAAUGUGGUUCCUGACUUGCUAGAGGAGUCUAGUUUCAGACACUCCCUUCUCCAGAUCCUGCUCAUUUUCUGUGGCGUGGCAGUCAUGGGUCUCCUGUCAGCUGUUUGAACUUUGGAGGACACUCCUCUUUCAGUAGUAAGAACAGUGUGGAAGUCAUCGCUAUUGCUUGAUGCCACUCAUACGUGACAGCUUACAAUCCAUCUUCACUGACAGUCACUAUGCUAUGGAAGCCUGUUUCUGCCACAGAAAGAAAAACAAUAUCCCAAUGGUAAUUCAUAAUGAUGAGAUAAAAAGUCAAAAUUAUGAGAUCCAAAGUUGAAAUUAUGAGGGGAAAAAAAGUUAUAACUAUGCGAUAGUUCAGUCAGAAUUAUUAACUUAAAAGUCGAAAUUAUGAAAUAAAAACUCAUAACUUGAAAUUGUUGAAAGAGUUGAAAUUAUGAGAUAGUCAUAACAGAUAAAUAUGAGGUAAGAAGUUGAAAUUACGAAUUAACGAGUCAUAAUUAUGUGAUAGGAGAGUCAUAAGUAAGCGAUAAAAACUCAAUGAGAGAAAAAGUGAUAAUUAUGUGAUUUAAAAACUUGAAAUUAUGAGAUAAAAAGUUGAAAAUAUAAGUUACAAACUGCGCAUGUUCCUCCUUCGCUGGAGUCUGGAUGGCACUCGGCACAUACAGUUUCUAUGUCAUAAUUUGGACUUUUUAUCUUCUAAUUAUGACUUUUUAUGUCAUAAUUUGGACUUUUUAUCUCAUAAUCAUGACAUACCAUUGGGAUUUUUUUUUUUUCUUUCAGUGGCGGAAACAGGCUUCCAUAUUAUUAUGCUAUACCUACACAAACACAACUAAAAUAAUGGCACUUUAUGAAUCGGUGACUCGGAAGAUGACCUCAAUAUGCUGACAGGAUGUUUUUUAUUGGACUGUGGACAAUGUGCCAGGCCUAAUUAUAAAAGGAAAUAAGAUAUUUUUAAAAUGGAUUACUGUUACCGUGUUGUCUUAUAAUGUACAUCUGACAAUCUUGUUUUGCACAUACAGUUAUGGAAGUACAUGCCCCACAUCCAGUAGGGUUGCCCCUGUUUAAAAUGUAUCCAACGUAAAAAUUGGAUGCAAUUGUAGCGGCUGCAUAUUUAUUAAAGAGGAGACCAGCAGCAA